GAGAUCUCUCUCAUAAAUUACAGAGGACCCUAAACCAAACGCCAUCGUGUUUUUACCUUCUUCGGAAGAGACUUUCUGAGAAUAAUCAGACACAAAAUUCCUACGAGAUUUGACUCUUGUCUGCUUACUCCAUUACAUUUGCCUCAAAACGUUUUAUUUAUUUAUUAUUUAUUGUUUGAUUUCAUUAUUGUUAUCCGCUUCGCAUUCGUGGCUUCCUCAUUGUCCAUGAAUUCUCCAAACUUUGGAGGUUAAAUAAAUUCGUCACGUUUUGGCUCAAUCUAGAGCUUUGAUUCGCCAAUGCAGUUUGAGUUUUGAUGUUUUUAUGGCGUGGUUUUGAUGGGCGAUGAGGAAUGAGGGGGAAGUGAAAUGGAGUUGGGUAGAUCGGAGGCCGUGUCGGUGGUGGUGAGGGGCGAGAAAUUGCAGUCCUUGCAAGGAGGAGGAGGAGGGGGAGGGCAGGUGAUCCAACGGACCAGGUUGCAGGUGUGGUUUAUUAGGGUUUGUUCCAGCAUUCUGAUAUGGACCUGUUUGGUUCAGCUCGUUGCAGUGGCUGAGCUCUGGCAUCCGCGCUUGCUCACCGGCGUUGCUCACGUCGCCAAGGACUUGCCACCGCCGCCGCCGCCGCCGCCUCCGCCUCUCCUUCCGGCCAGGAAUUACACAAGCAAUGGUUUUCUUAAAGUUUCUUGCAAUGGUGGCUUGAAUCAAAUGCGAGCUGCGAUAUGUGACAUGGUGGCAGUUGCUCGAUUUUUAAACUUGACUUUCGUUGUUCCAGAGCUUGACAAGACAUCAUUCUGGGCUGAUACUAGCAAUUUUGAGGAUAUUUUUGAUGUGACACACUUCAUUGAUUCAUUAAGAGAUGAAGUUAGAAUUAUUAGGAGGUUACCAAAGAGGUUUGGCAGGAGACAUCGAUACCAACCCCUAGAAAUGCCUCCUAUUAGCUGGUCAAAUGAAAAAUACUACUCGGAACAGAUUCUACCUCUAUACAGCAAGCACAAGGUCAUACACUUCAAUAGGACAGAUACAAGACUGGCCAACAAUGAUAUACCUCUUGAACUUCAGAGACUCCGAUGUCGUGUCAAUUUCCAGAGCCUAAAAUUCACUCCCAAGAUUGAGGCAUUGGGCCAGAAAUUGGUUCAUUUGCUGCAAGAGAAAGGGCCUUAUGUAGCAUUGCAUCUAAGAUAUGAGAUGGACAUGCUGGCUUUCUCAGGUUGUACUCAUGGCUGCACAGAGGAGGAGGCUGAGGAGCUGAAACGAUUAAGGUACGCAUUCCCUUGGUGGAGAGAGAAAGAGAUAGACUCUAAAGAGAGGAGGUCUCAAGGCUUAUGUCCUCUUACCCCAGAGGAGGCAGCACUGGUUUUGCAAGCAUUGGAUAUUGAGAAGGACACACAAAUAUAUAUUGCAUCUGGUGAGAUAUAUGGCAGUGAACGGAGGCUUGCAGCAUUAAGAUCUGCUUUUCCAAGGAUUAUAAAAAAGGAAACACUGCUUGAUCCCGAAGAUUUGCAGCAAUUCCAGAACCAUUCAUCUCAAAUGGCAGCCCUGGAUUUUGUAGUGUCAGUUGCGAGUAAUGUAUUUAUUCCUACUUAUGAUGGCAACAUGGCAAAAGUUGUUGAAGGUCAUCGCAGGUAUCUAGGGUUUAAGAAAACCAUCCAACUGGAUCGGAGAAGUCUUGUACAAUUAUUGGAUUUACAUCAGAAUGGGACGCUUUCUUGGGACAAAUUUUCGGCUGCAGUUCAGCAGACACACAAGUGGAGAAUGGGGCAGCCAGCACUCCGUAAAGUUAUUGUAGACAAGCCCAAAGAGGAAGAUUACUUUUAUGCUAAUCCUCAUGAAUGUGUUUGCCAGAGUCCAACCUGUGAUGACUUAUUAGGGCCUGAUAAUUCUACUUCAAUCCAGUGAGGCACAGCCACAAAACCACGUCUCACUUUAAUCCCCCACAGCCUUGCAUAAUGAUAUGUCACAGAGAAAACAUGAUAACCCGAUGAGUGAAGUGUACAAAUGAUUCCGACGAGAUCAACAUUCUUUAGAAGUUUUGCAGACGCUUGGCAUCUUGUAAUAACGGUGGCAAUCGGACUUGGUUUUGUUCUCAUGUGCUUCGUAAUAGAUAAGGAAAUACGAGGAGAACAGACAGGCAACAAAGAUCGGUGUUGUAGUAGUGGCCAUCUAAAGAUGUAUUCAUUCAUUCUGUUGGUAUACCUAUUUCCUUUCUUCAACAGAAUGCAGGUACUCUCACAUAAUACCAAAAUGAUUCAUUUGUU